GUGGUUUGAUUGAUUGCAGUUCUUUAGGCUUUAUUUUAUUGAGGCACAGUGUCCUUACUCUUUGGAUAUUUAGACAGGAGGAGCUAAAUGUCAGGUCAUGCUAUUAGCUAACGUUAAGUGUGUUACCUGUAAAACUUAUCAUGUUUUAUCAAACCGUUCGUUGUCGUUACGCUCUCUCACUAGAAGUAGAAGAUGGUUGCUCUCAGCAGCAUACACAGACACCAAAGUGUGGGAGUCGAGAGAGAAAGACCAUCAACACCUGGUGGUACUGGCCAACACUAUGGAUAACACAUAUAACAGGAACCUUCCAGUUAGUUCUCUGACUGUGUCACGGUUUAUUGACAACAUUUCAUCUAGGGAGGAAGUUGAUCAAGCAGAGUACUAUCUUUACAAGUUUCGUCACAGUCCAAACUGCUGGUAUUUACGAGACUGGACCAUUCACAGUUGGAUCAGACAGUGCCUUAAAUAUGGGGCCAGAGAGAAGGCUCUGUACACACUUAAAAACAAGGUCCAGUAUGGAAUAUUCCCAGAUGACUUCACCUUCAACCUGCUCAUAGAUUCUUACAUUAAGGAUGGAGACUUUAAAAGUGCAUUCUCUGUGGUUGAAGAGGUGAUGCUUCAGGAAGCCUUCGACCUCCCCUCCACACAGAUCCUGUCUCUGUACGCUUUGGGCAGUUACCUAGCAACCAGACCACAGCUCACUGUGUCAGAGGAGCGGGCAAUGGGGGCAUCGCUACUUAUCUGUGGAUUGAAGCAUGACAACACUGUUGGCCUCAGUGCUCAGCUACUUGGCAGUGCUCUACUAGGCAGGGUGGAGAUUUUAAAUGGCAUAUGUGCUGUGUUCAAAGGGAUGCCGCUCUCCUGGGCACGUGGAUAUCUGGGCCGGGCGCUGGGCGUCAUGGAGAGUGUGGCUGCUGCUUCUUGUGAUGUCAAAUUAUCCAAAGACACACUGGAGUUCAUGAAUGACUUGCUCCAGAAACUGUCUUCCACCUCAGACUCUGACUCUUCCGGAGAGGAAUCAGGAGGUGAAGAGGACAAGAAAGACACUGUAGAUGAAGACGAUCAGGCCGAGCAGGCUAAGCUACCUCAGUACAUAAACAGAUUCAAGGAAUUAAGCAGCCUCCUGGAGUCUCAGGGCAAAGUGGAGUCUGCCUCGUUCCAGGCGUUAGUGACCACUCUGGCCCAGCAGAACCUGGCUGCUGCAGAGAAAUUGGACCUGGAGCAGUACGAGAGUCGGGUGCAGGCGUGGGAGGCUGAAAGGAAACAGUUGAUUCAGAGGGAGAAAGAGAUGAGGGAAAAAGCUGAGCAGGAGAAACAGGAGCGAUUGGCUGCCAAGGCAGUAGCUCAGCAGGUAUAAAGAUGUUAAGGAUGGAGGUGAUAGAGAUCAUUGAACUGUCCACUGAGUACAAGUUAGAAUUGUGUAUUUUUAGAUCUUCAAGUUGUCACUAGUUUUCUGCUGGUGUCACAAGUCAUUUUGCUUUUGUACAUAAUUAUGUUCUUUUAUACGUUCUUUAUUCUAGCUUAAUUGGGGCACAUUCAAAUAUUCGGUCAAAAUAAAACUGCAAAUUUUCAAUUCUAGAAGAAAUACUGUCUCAUAUUUAGUGUUUUUCUGCAGUGAACCAUGGGAUGAUAUCAUUAAUGGAAAAAAAACCCCAUAAAUCUUGCAGUAUAAAUGCUGAUAGCUGCAAAAGUAGACACUGUCGUUUGUUGUUAAAAUAUCACCCUGAGAUCGCUCUAUCAGCUAAUACAGGAAAAGCUCUUAUUAGUAAAAAUGGCACAUGUAACCUGGCAAAUAGAGUAAACUCUAGGUUGUUUUCAGACUACUGAAAGGUCUCUGGAGUGGAAAAUGCCAUUGUGGUACAGCACAGAAUGUAUUUAUUCCACAUUAUGUUGCAGCUGUUCAGUAUUCAGAGCAUGAUCUUUGGGAAACAAUCUGUUAUGUAGUCCAGGAUGAAUGAGCAGCACAAGCUGCUAAAACAGGUGCCACUGACACGAGGCUCCUUAGUGACCGAGAGCAGCUCUUCUCAACCUUCUGCCAGUGAAAUCUUGUAUCUUGUACCAGCUUCACUCCGCAAACUGAAUGAGCUCGGGUAAUAUAAUGUGUUAUUCUUAUCUCCUAGUGAUAAAGCUUUAACUGUGUAACAGCAGCAGACUGAGUGUUUACAUUUCUUGCUGUUGUCAGAGAAAGUUUUUGGUUGUCAAACAGGUGUGUGGAAACACUGCUGAAGAAGUGCAUCAAGUGAGAUGUCAUGGGGCGGGGAGGUCAGGAAGUUUGACAUUCACAUCACUGGUUAUCUGAUGCCCAGAGCCUUUUGAGUGUUUUUAAAAGACCGGUGUGUAUGUUUAUGGAGGGGAGGAGUAAAGUGGUUGCAGGGUGUCAUGAGCCAUUUGAGAUAUUUAAAUAGUAAAGAAGCUGAAAGAGAAAAUGGGAUGGGUUUGAUGUGAUCAGUGCUGAGCUUGGCUACCGACCAUGUGGUACUGUACAGACCUGUUGUCUCUAUAAGGAAGCUUUAACACUUAAGUUGCUAGGAGAAUUUAUAACAAAACCAUCACACCCUUAUCUAAUUUUCUACUCUGAACAGUGUGUUCUUCUAAAUUCACAAAUUUUCCUCUUAGUUGGUUUUUAACCACUAGUUGCGAGUUUUAUCUUCUUGCGAUUUUGUGGUGUAAAUACAAACUGUUAUGUUUUUUCCUCAGCUCAACAGGAUGCGGUUCCUAUUUUUGGUCUGCAAGUGAGUCUCUAAUGAGAUAGGAGACCACAGUGUCUGUAUCCUCUGUAAAUCGGAUUAGAGGGUAAGAUGCUGCCUGCCCACAGA